CCAGCAUCCUUUAAAUUGGACCCUGGCGGCUGCGCCGCAAACUCUUUAUUAACCUUCAGGCUUCCACUCACUUCCUAACACUCGUUUGACUCGUGGUGUCACCAGCAAUGCUCGUGCACUUUCCGCUCAUUUUUCUUUCUUUUGUCGCUCUUUCCCUGGCUUCUCCCUUGGGGAUUGGCCGACACAUAAACCAUUUUAACCACCAAUUUUCACACAAACCCGCUGUACACCCUGUACUUGCCGUCAAUUCGUCUGCCGCACCGCCGUCCAGCACGACGCCUACAAGUUCUUCUUUCACGGCAACUAUGACAACGACUUCCCAGGCGCCCAGUAGUACAAGCCCCCCCUCUGUAUCAUCAAAAUAUGUUGUUGCACACUUCAUGGUCGGAAAUUCAUACCCCUAUACAGUGGAUAAUUGGCUUGCGGACAUCUUGCUUGCGCAUUCCAGUGGAAUCGACGGCUUUGCUCUGAAUGUAGGAUCGGAUUCUUGGCAGCCUUCGCAGGUCGCCAAUGCUUACCAAGCAGCUCUCCAGUCUGGAACUGGAUUCAAGCUUUUCAUGUCCUUUGAUAUGACGUCUUUGCCUUGUACCACAGCUUCCGAUGCUGCAACUCUUCGUACUUACAUAACUACCUAUGCUGCGCACCCCAAUCAGCUGCUUUACAAUGGCCGCGUGAUGGCCUCAACUUUCUCCGGCGAAACUUGCACUUUUGGACAGGGAUCCGUCGCUUCUGGAUGGUCUACUCAAUUUGUGCAACAAUUAACAGGAUCUUCCGCAGUUCAUUUUGUGCCAUCAUUUUUUGUCGAUCCAUCACAGUUCAAUACCUACAAUGGAGUGAUUAAUGGCAUGUUCAACUGGAAUUCCGGAUGGCCAAUCCAAGUCACGACUUCAUUUGUAUCGUCCAUACCUGGUCUACUCGGAGACAUCAGCAGUGGUCUAUCCUCCACCGUCAGCUCUCUAUUGUCUAGUGUCAUCGGGUCAACAAGUCCGGACGAGACAUACAUCUCGAGUUUGAGUGCAAUGGGUGGCGGCCAAACGUACAUGGCAGCUGUGUCUCCAUGGUUUUUUACCCAUUAUGGUCCGUCAACUUACAAUAAAAAUUGGAUUUACCUCAGCGAUGAUCAUUUAUACGCUACUCGGUGGGAGUCAUUGAUCAAGAUCCGCGACCAAGUAGAUAUAGUGCAAAUCAUUUCUUGGAACGAUUACGGAGAGUCGCACUAUAUUGGUCCGAUCGAGGGCGCCCAGCCCAUGAGUCAAGCAUGGGUUGAUGGUAAUGAUCACACUGGCUGGCUCAAUCUCACCUCCUACUACGCCUCAGCCUUCAAGACAGGAUCAUACUCUACUCCGGCCAAAGACCAGCUCAUAAUGUGGUCGCGGCCACAUCCUGCCUCGGCUUCUGCGUCAAGCGACUCAGUUGGAAGACCAACCAAUUACCAGAUCACUUCAGACAAUGUCUGGGCUGUGGUCCUGGCAACCUCCCCUGCCACAGUCGUACUCUCGACAUCUUCCAGUCAAUCACAAACUUUUAACGUCCCGGCCGGCGUUUCGAAGUUAGCUGUACCCAUCCAAGCAGGCGGGACCAUGCAUGGUACACUAACCCGAGGAGGGCAGACCGUCAUUGAUCUGCAGGCAACAGACUUCACUUUUGAGGCUAGCCCAAGCGACAUAUAACUUUAACGCCCUCGUCGUUGCCUCACCUUAGUUUCAUAUUCAGCAUUCGCGAUUUUCGACAAAUUUUUGGCUGAUGUGAUCCAAAAGUAUACCAUCUGUAGCGUUCGUUCUAUUCCCAAGCUUUGAGAGCAUCUAUCUCUUUCUACUAUCUUCUGUUAGGCUAGUUACCAUGUGCGCUGGUGUAUACCAUACUUAUCUUGCUUGCAAGGGUUCUCUUUCUCAUAAUGCAAUCAUUUACGGCUAAAA